AUGUUCCUCCUACGAACGACCGCCCGUCAACAACCCAGAUUCCUGGUUGCAGCAACACGUGCUCCAGCUCCAGGCCUUGGAUUCAUCAGUAAACGAUUCAAUAGCAGCGACUAUGGUUCCGGCGAACACAACAAUUUGAAGAACCCAAAAGCAGACCAUGAACAUCCCGGCCCUCCACCUCCCAACACAAACAACAAAGGAGGAGCUCCUUCUUCUUCUUCGCAGGAGAAUUCAACUAGUCAGAAGUCGGAGAGUGGUGAUGGUGGGGAGAAACCAAAGCCGAAGAUCUUGAAUGCCAGUCCCCCGAAAUCUGGUGAAGAGCCUGAGGAUGUUAAGAAGCAUAAUGAGGAGAUGGCGCAGAGGGCUGAGCGGCCUGUUGAGGGACAGAAGAAUUAG